AUGAGGACAUCCAACCUAGGGACCAGAGAUCCUGUAACUAAGUUCAAUGGGAAGAAAGAAUCAUAUGUAUUCUUACCAACAAAAGCCCUUACUCUAGACCCACAAACAAAUAUAUGUCUACAAUUCCCUAUAGAUUCCAAAAGCAAGCUUCAACCACCUCUUGGAAACAACUUCACAGGAAAUGCCUUUGUUCUUACUUCAGUCUCCUGCUUGGUGAAAGACCUAUUGGAACAACCCCUUCACAUCACCAUUCAAAAAAUUCAAGAAACAAAAGAUAUCAUCACUGAUGAAUACAUUAAACUCUACAUGAAAGCACUCGAAUCCUUUGACAAGUUCUUCCCCUCCAUGCGCGAAUUGACAAUUGUGACUGAUUGGUUGAAAUUCCCUCUCCAUGCACUUGAUUUCGGUUGGGGAAAGGUUUCGAGUGUAGCUCUCUUGACCACUCUUGUCUCAGAAACUGCAUUCCUGAUGCCAAAUCUUGAAGAUUCUGAUUAA